AUAGGACUGAUGUCUGUUACGGUGUUUCCAGUGCGGCUGUUGCUGGUGUCCUUCUUCAUGCUGCUGGCGUGGCCCUUCGCCUUCACAGCCUCCCUGGGACGCUCUGAGUUCGUCUUUGAGCCACAGUCAUGGUGGAGGAGGUUUAUAGACCUGUGUCUACGGGUGAUCAUGCGAGCCAUGUGGUUUUGCGGAGGUUUCCAUUGGAUCAAGGUGAAAGGGGAACGGGCGGCGUCCUCUGAAGUUCCCAUCCUCACCGUGGCACCACACUCCUCCUACUUUGAUGCCAUCCCAGUCACCAUGACCAUGUGCUCCAUAGUCACUAAACUGGAGAGCAGGAGCAUUCCUGUCUGGGGCACUCUGAUCAGCUACAUCAGGCCAGUGUUUGUGUUUCGAUCGGAUCAGGACUCCAGAAGAAAAACUGUCGAGGAGAUCAAGCGGAGAGCCCGAUCUGGAGGGGAGUGGCCUCAGAUUAUGAUAUUUCCAGAGGGGACGUGCACCAACAGGUCGGGUCUCAUCUUAUUCAAGGCUGGUUCAAGAUCCUAUGGCUCACGCUCUGCCAGCCUCAUAAUCCCAUGGAGAUAGAGUACUUGCCUAUAUACACUCCAUCAGAUGAGGAGAAGGAAAACCCUGCUCUGUUUGCAGAUAAUGUCAGAAAGCUCAUGGCCAAGGCGCUGCAGCUGCCACUUACAGACCUGUCCUUUGACGACCGUGAGAUCAGCCUAUCACGGGGCCCGCUGCGCAUAUAUGACUACAGCAGCCUGCUUGAGUUCAAUCAGCUGGUGUGCCGCCUGGGGCUGAGGGCAGGAACUACAGAGAAAGUUCUGGAGGAGCAGGCCAGAAGAGCCAGAAAGCUGCAGGGAGACAGGCUGGGUUUGGAGGACUUUGCCCAAUUCCUCAACCUGCCAGUUACAGACACACUCACACAAGUCCACAGCCUCUUUGACCAGCAAGGAGACGGACAGAUAGACAUCAGACACUAUGUUAUUGCUUUAUCUACUGUUCAUCGACCAUCAAAGUCAAUGAAGACCCUCAAAUUGGCCUUCAAGAUGUAUGAGAGUGAGGAGAGCGGGGAAGUCCUAGAAGAGGAGGUUGCCGCCAUCUUGGAGAUAAUGUUGGGAGUGAAAGAGGUGGAACUGUCAGGUGUUUUUUUAUCGCUUGAUGGACCUGACACAGAGAAGAUGACAUAUGAUGAACUUCAUAAUUUUAUAGACCAGCACCCUCGCUUUGUCCAGGAUAUCCUGGAUUUUAAAAACCAUCCACGCAAAUUCUGCAUCGGAAGACCUAAAAGCUGCAACGGCCAGAACCACAACAAAGACGACUGAAGAAUGGACUUUAGUCCAGCAACUCUAUUUACUACUCUACUCUAUCUGAUGUAACAGCAUCUCCCCAUGCUGCAACUUCCCUACCACCUCUGUGCCUUUAAGUGCGGGUAGAGAAAGAGGAAUAGACGGAGAGAAACGCAGUAGUUAGGAUUUGUAUGCAUGGACCAGUGCAGCACAGAUGAUGGAGUCUGAAUCUCUACUCCGUCACUUAUGUCAGUUCUCUGCCUUCCUUUAUUUUUAGUCCACAUUGCGAUAUUAAGAUGAUAUUGUGUUUUUUUCUGCUCUGCAAAUAUUUAUUUUAAAUUUAUUUUCUUUUGUAUGAAAUACACAUAUUUUACAAAUUGGUUGAUAUGGGGUGUUUUUUUUUUUCUUUCAUGACUUUAUGUUGAAGGUUAUCACUGUUCUCAGGCAAAUGGACUCUGCCCUAUCCUGCUGCUCUUUAUUUACAUAGUACAUGUAGAAACCUAAUUUCAGGCGAAAAGGAUAAGGAUAUACACCAUGCUGGGAUGUGAUUGCAUCAAACAUAAGUUAACAAAUACUGGGUAAAAGCCCCAAAAAUAGAUCUGCCAAGUAAUCCUAUCAUUCCUUAUUUCACUGCCAUAAGUAUACAAACCAAAAACCUUUGGAAACAUUUUGGAUUAUUAUAUCUGUUGUUAUUGCCUAGAUACCAAUUGGCUCAUCUAACUAUAUUUUUUUCUGUUUUAUUUGGUAAAAUGAUGUUCUCAAUUUUAAUGUUUUCCAAAAAUUGUUUUAAAACCGUUUAGUUUUUCUUAGAAAAACUUUUUAAGAGGAUUGUUUUGGAGCAUCAAAUCCUCUCUUUAAACCUCAGACAAACAGAUAAUACACAUACUGCAUCUUCAGUUUUCUACGCCUGUGCAUUUCUCUGCUAAUUUAUAUACUGAUCUCAGAUGGUUUUACGCUGGACUGGCACAUUUUGCAACUUGUUGCUGGUACUUCCUGUAAUGUUUAAUUUCUCAAUUAAAUGCAGAAAUCAAAG